AUGGCGACCCCAGAGGCUAGCGGCAGCGGCGGGAAUGACGAGGGCUGUAACCCCUCUGUCACCUACUAUUGGCUGGAGGAGGUGGCAAAGCGAAACUCCGUGGAGGAGUCGUGGAUAGUGAUCCAGGGGCGAGUCUACGAUAGCUUCCUCAGCGAGCUCCCUGGUGGGGAAGAGGUUCUGCUGGAACAAGCUGGUGUUGAUGCAAUGGAAAGCUUUGAAGAUGUUGACCACUCCCCUGAUGCCAGGGAAAUGCUAAAGCAGUACUACAUUGGUGAUGUACAUCUGAGUGACCUUAAACCUAAAGGUGGAAAAAAGGAUCCUUCAAAAAGCAGUACAUGCAAAAGUUGCUGGGCAUAUUGGAUUCUCCCUGUGGUGGACACCAUUCUUGUAGGGUUCCUGUAUCAUCACUUCACGACCGACAGCAAAUCCUCCUGAGGUGACCAUGUUGGAGU